AUGUCCACACGAAAGAAUAACAGUGAGAAACCAAAUCACUCUGACAGCCAUCGGUUCACAGUCCAGGUCAAAGGCCCGCACGAAUGCGAAUACGAUGACCACAGAAGCCACCUUCUUGCGCAACUGGAAAAGAUCCCACGGGAUAUCCAGUUUCUUGAAAUAACGGAAGAUACACCGUCGAAUAUUGAAUGGGCACUGCUUGGCAAUCACUUCAGUAGUGUCAAGGAUCUCGAGAUGCGCACGGGUUUCAACGAGGAGUUGAAUGAUUCGGAACUACCAGCACACUGGCCGCUGGAACGGCUUUUUGUUAGCGACGCCUGCGCAGAAGUGUUUCGCAGUCCAUUCGUUUUGGAAGGGAGGGUCAAGCAUCUCGUUCUACUCGGGACAUCUGGACUACGGUUUGAGGGGCCGACUAGCGAUGAGCUGUAUCGCGCGAACAAGGAAGCGAUUUCCCGAGGAGAAAAAGCCGCUAAAUACAUGACUGUCCGCGAAGGAACGCCCGAGGAGAAGAAGAUUGAGCUAGUAUUCCUUCCGGAACUCGUCUCAGAAGCAAUGAAUGAGCGGUAUGCCGGGACGCGCUCAAAUCCGCUGUUGACCAUACAGGCAAACAAAGACUUGCUGUUUCUCCCAAAAGAAGUACCAACAAAGAUGGGUAAGCUGGAGAUACUCGAAAAUGAUUCUAUCGAUACCUUCAACCGGAUGACCAUUGCUCUUCCCCAUGUCGUAGAGAAGCUCUCUACGCUCAACAUUCGCUCCACCCAUGGGUUAGAUUUCCACUUCACGACUGAAGAGCUGUUUGCCUGUCUUCUUCCGCAGCUUCCGGAGUUGAGAACCUUAGUUCUCUCUGUGGGCGAAAUCUUCAAGGAUGAAACUCUCCUUCCAACACUCUACACGUUGUUUCCCCCGAAUCUCUCAACGCUACGCUUUCGAGGUCCCACGUCGCUUACUAGAUCCAGCGAGUGGGCCAACUGGAUGAAGUCCUUUGCGUCUCCGGACUUUUUGCCGAACUUGGAACGACUGAGCUUCGUCCUGGAUUUACACUAUGAGGCUCCAGAGGGAGACACCUCCAGAAGGAAGCUUGUUGCCGCGCCGGAGGAUAUGCUUCGAGAUGCGCAGGAUGCGUGCAAACAGCUGUAUCAGGCUGUUGAGCAGCGCGGAGUUGUUCUCGAACCAUUUCAGGACAAAUGGUCUGAUUGUUGGGCACUUCUCAAACAGGUUGAUGAGCGGUGGGUGCAACUUUGA